CUGACAGUUUGCGAUUGGCGGUCGCGUCAUAUGUACGUUUAUUGUUACGGAAAGUGUCUGCUCGGAAUAUGUGCGCAUAUGCGACUUAACUUAGUACAAAUCUGCCGUGGAGUGAUAAACAUGUUCCACAUGUAAAUAAACAGAGGUUAUACUGCACUUGAGUUGACUCACUACUGAAAAACAACAAAUGUAAACAAAACACUACGUGUUAAAAGGACCUUAUCUGUUUAGCAGUGUGUUGGUGACGAGUGUUUUAUUACAGUUUUACCGUGUAUGUCCAAUUUCCUUGCACAUGAAGACAGACAAGUUUGGCACACGGCGAGAUGAUGAGGGGUAAUCAGUCGUGGUAGAGGAGCGCGACAUGAAUUCUGACGUGCACCGUCACCAGGCGCACCCGCCAUUAGCACAGCACGGAGUGCACCCGGGGUCGCAGGGCGUGGGCCCCUGCGGCUGGUACUCGGCAUCGGCGGCGCCCGUCCCGACUGCCCCGGCCCGGCUCAAGCGCGCUCAGCCCCCUCACCAACUACCAUGUGGAGGUAGUGUGAGCGGUAGUAAUGGGCCACACGCGCCUCUCUCGCCCACCGCAUUGCAGAAUUCCAUUCCACAUAAUAUUGUGAUGUCAUCGUCGGUUCGGACGCCAGCGCCGGCUGGGCCCGCUCCCGCCGCCAUGCACACUUCGCAGACAACUGCUGCGGUGUCGAAAGGGCCGAGCGACGUGUUGGUGAACUCCACGUGCGCUCCCCCGCCCGCGGGCAACAGGCUCGUCAACAUGACUCAGUGGCCAUGGCACCACGGCGCGAUAUCCCGCGAGCGCGCGGAAGCCCUGCUGUCGGGCUCCCCUGACGGCGUGUUCCUGGUGCGCGAGAGCACCAACUUCCCCGGAGACCACACGCUCUGUGUGCGGUAUAGGGGGCGAGUCGAACAUUAUCGAGUAAAAUGGGCAACAGCGCCUGACAACCAAAAUCAACGUCUUACAAUAGACGAUGAAGAAUUCUUCGACAACAUGACGGAUUUAAUCCAUCAUUACUUACAAGACGCGGACGGUCUCUGCACUAAGCUGGUGCGUUGCUUGCCGAAAGCGUCGCCGAACGGUGCCAACAACAAUGGAGUACUACAACCACCUUAUCCGCCUCACCCACAGCAACCGCCGCCGUACCCGCCGACGCCGAGCGUGUCGAGCGCGCUGAGCUCGGGGCACUUCCAGCACACCUACGCCUCGCAGCCCUCCGCCGACCACACCGACUCGGCGCUGGCGCCGCAGAACUUCGUCGAUGCGCGCUGGAAAAUCGACGAGCGUGAUCUAGAAAUUCGCGAAAACAUUGGCAAGGGAGAGUUCGGAGACGUGAUGCUUGGCAUAUUGAACGGCUCACAGAAGGUCGCUGUCAAGAUCCUAAAGGAUCGGGAGGCGGCCAGUAAAUUCCGCGCAGAAGCCAGCGUAAUGGCGUCUCUAACGCACGACAACCUGGUCCGGCUGCUGGGGCUGGUGUUCACGUCGGGCGGCAGCACGUGCAUCGUGACGGAGCACUGCGCGCAGGGCUCGCUGCUGGACUACCUGCGCUCGCGCGGCCGCCACUACGUCACGCAGCUCAACCAGAUCAACUUCGCAUACGACACAUGCUGCGGCAUGGAGUACCUGGAAGGCAAGCGCGUGGUGCACCGCGACCUGGCGGCGCGGAACGUGCUGAUCUCGGCCGCGGGCACGGCCAAGGUGGCGGACUUCGGCCUCGCCCGCACCCUGGCCGCGCAGGACGACCCGGCCGAGGCCGCGCGCCUGCAGGCCAAGCUGCCCAUCAAGUGGACCGCGCCCGAGGCGCUCAAGUACAACAAAUUCUCUAACAAGUCUGACAUGUGGAGUUUUGGCAUUCUUCUGUGGGAGAUAUAUUCAUUUGGAAGAGUACCAUACCCUCGAAUUCCGCUGGCGGAGGUAGUGCGGCACGUGGAGCGCGGGUACCGCAUGGAGGCGCCGGAGGGCUGCCCCGCCGGCCCCUACGACGUCAUGCGCGCCGCCUGGCACGCCGACCCCGCGCAGCGCCCCGCCUUCGCCGCCACGCGCCACCGCCUCGCCGCCAUCCGCGACCUCACGCAGCCCAUGCCGCACCAGUGAAGGUCGCCGGGCUGUGUCGUGGGACUUCGUGAAUUAGUGAAAUAGUACACACGGGAUAGGCAAAGUGCUGUGAAGGUUGCAACAUGUAUUUUAUACAUUAAUUAAUACAUACUGUAAGUACUAAAUUAUUUUAAUAUGUUUGAAGACACUCCCUCGCUAAGUAUAAUUGUAAUGUAGAUUAGAUAAUGUGUAAUUUUGAUGUGUUGUACAAGAAUGUGUGUCAGAUGUUAGGUGUUGGAGGAACUUUUAGUGGAAACUACCGUCCCAAUAGUACCUACGAUGAGAUUUACAAUAGCCGUUCAUUUGCGAACUUCAGUUGCACAACACAAGUCGGAAAGAUGCAAAUUUUUAGUACAACGUUCGUUCAAAGUUGUUUCAUUCCGCUCUACGAGACAUACGAAUCUGUCUACAAGGUUUGUAAAAAUAAAACCUUAGGCGGAAAAUUAUAUUCUUGAAAUACAAUUAGAGGCACUUUUGAAACAUGAAACAACAUUAAAAACCAUUCCGUUCAGAUCUUCUUUCCGACAAUAUAUUUAGUUCUUAAACAACACAAAUAUAAAAGCACAAGUUUACAUGAAACAGUUCCACUAAAAGAUCCUUAUUUAAAUAAAAUUUUAUUGAAGGCCUAAACUUCAAUUAAUCGUAACAUAUUCUCGUAAAGAUUCCACCCAAUAGAGGUCACGAAGGUUAUGUCGGUACUAUGGUACUGUCUAGUCAAAGUAUUGUUUGUAUCAUAUUAUAGUAUUUGCACUUUAAUUAUUCAAAGGGGACUGAUUGCAUAAAAAUCAAAAAUAUAUAAAAAAACACUUCUGGUUGUAAAGUUACUUAUAGAAUCGCUCAAAUAAAUAAAAUUCCUUGACAAAAUGCCACGAGUAAGCAACAAGCAAGUAUUAAAAUUGUAGACGUACUUGUGUGUUAGUUUAUUUCUAGAAUAAGUAAAUGUGGACGGAGCACGUGCGUGUUCAAUCCACAUACUUUCAUGGAGUAUUAUGUGUAAAAUUCAGUGUUGUGUCAAAAAAUUAUAGCAGCUGUCUGAGUGAGUUAUUAAUUCUUUACGACGACGUUAGCAUCAAAGUCUGAUAGUAUAAUAAAUCUAAAACAUCAAAGCAUUUUGUCAAUAUGUUAACAAGUUCAAUUGGUUCACACUUUGUGUUAUAUAGACUAAGAUAUAUUUAGCCAUAGGAAGGAAAAGUUAAAUUCAACUACCAGGUUGUGUGCUAUCGUAAAGCAAUAUUAAGCUUCGACAGAUGCGCGAAAGACGUAAUCCUAAAUACAAAUUAUCAAAACUCAAUAUAAACGUCACCAGAUAUUAUUUACAUUUCAAAAAUAUUUAUUUGGUGUUGCUGGCCAAGUACCCAAAAGCUAUGCUACACAGUUUUACUAUACACAGAAGAAACGUUUGCGUCUAUAGGCUUUAUUUAAUUUAUGGUAGUUGUAAUGAAUUUGUAUGAAACAUGACAAAUAGUCUGAUAUAAGCCAUGAAUCUCAAGUAAAAUGCAAAUGUUCUAUAUUAUCGUUGUAAACUUAUAAAAUUCUUGCGUGAAAUUGCUUACAUGUUAUUAAAAGAUCUAUUAUGAUGAUACUAUUAAAUAAAUGUACAUGCAUUGUUUACGCUAAAAAUUGCAAAUAUAUUAUUUUAUGUAUUUCAACAAGCUUAGGAAGUAAGAUUGAGCAUUUUAUAAAAAUGAGACUUUUAAUUCAACUACCACAUUUUAUUAAGUCCUUUUGUUUAAUCUUAUGCAAUACUAGUUGUAAGUGUUAAAUUGUUUUUACCAUAUAUUUAUGUUCUAUCAGAAAUUUUGUGAGAAUUAAGUAUGUAAUGAAGCGAUUCAGAUGCAAGACAUUUGAUUUCUGCCAAAGCAUAGGAACUUGAUUUAUUUUGGUGUUUCCAUAAAAGUCUUCCUUUUACUAAAAAUGUAUUAAUUUCAUAUGGAGACAACAUAUUAAAUUAAUUGUACAACUGUUUACUAGUCUUUAAAGAGUAGUAAGGACUGAAUUGUUUGCAGUUGUAUUUUUAUCUGUAAUUUAUAAAACAUAAGAACUAAGGUAUUAAAAUCUCAAUUGUUUUUGUUUAUUACUUGUACUAUUAUUUUCAACAAUGUAAAUAGAUUUUUAACUUUAAGGAAUAAAUUGUAUUAUAACAAAGUAUAAAUACCUAAAA